CAUCGCCUCAUACAGAGGAUCUUCGACUGGUGUGUACUGUACAGCUGCUGCAAAUCGGGCGAGGAAGUCCGAAGACCUGCAGCUGUUUGGAGCGCAGGAUAAUCAUGGAUAAACCCGAAAACCCACCGCUGUAGGACCGAUCAGUCCGCCCCCGAGCCGGAGGACAGGUGGAGAGAACUUUAUACGCCGCCACGACGGAGGGCUUCCCCCCGGUCCCCUCCCUGUUGGAAGAAAUGUGGCUGAACCCGGAGGAAGUCCUGCUGAAAAACGCUCUGAAGCUCUGGGUGACCGAGAGGAGCAACGACUUCUUUCUCCUGCAGAGGAGGAGAGGCCACGGAGAGCGGACGAGCAAGAUCACAGGUCUCCUGGUGGGAGCUUUAGACACAGUCCUCGACUCCAAUGCGAGGGUCACACCUUUCCGGAUCCUCCUCCAGGUUCCCGGCUCUCAGAUCAGCUGGGUCAUUGCCGUCGGAGCCGUCAUCGAGGAGGUGAACAAGCACUGGGAUUGGCUGGUCCACAACCUGCUUCACUCUCUGUCCGUGUUUGAGAACAAGGACGAUGUCGCCAGCUUCGUCAAAGGAAAAGUCAGGGGCCUUAUUGCGGAGGAGGUCCGGGGUCGCCAGGCCGCCCAGGAGGAAGAUCCGGAGAAGUUCAGGGAUGCUUUGCUGAAGUUUGAGCUGCACUUCGGCCUCCCGUCAUCGGAGAAGCUGGUGACGUUCUACUCCUGCUGCUGCUGGAAGGGCCGGGUGCCUCGACAGGGUUUCCUCUACCUCAGCAUCAACCACAUGGCCUUCUACUCCUUCCUGCUGGGGAAGGAAGUCAAGUUUGUGAUUCCCUGGGCCGAGGUCACACGGUUGGAGCGGGUCUCCACUGGUCUGAUGACGGAGGCGAUCCGCGUGAACACGCGGCAGCGGCAGAGGGAGUUCUCCAUGUUCCUGAGCCUGGACGAGGCCUUCGGGGUCAUAGGUCAGCUGGCUGACAUCGCCCUCAGGCGGCUGCUGGACAGCGAAGGCCUGGAGCUGGACCGAGUGCUGCAGCAGCCGGCGCGCAUCUCCAAAAGGAUCCUAGAGGAGCAGGCGCUAAGGGAGUACGUCCUGGCUCUGUUUCGGCUGCCUCGCGGUGAAAAGCUGUACGAGGUGGCCUCCUGUUCGGUGUGGACGCCUCACGCCCGCUGCCAUACGCCCGGGACUCUCUACACCACCGACAACUACCUGUGUUUCUCCAGCCGAGAGGAAGGCAGCUGCACCCUGCUCAUACCCCUCUCAGAGGUGUUGUCCAUAGAGAAAGCAGAGAGCACCAGCCCCCUCCCGAACCCCGUCAUCGUGAGCCUCCGCACUAAAAAGGCCUUCCAGCUGAUCGAGCUGCAGGACAGAGACGAGCUGGUGGAGAGUCUGAGCUGCAGACUCCGAGCUCUGCAGUGGAAACAGUCCAUGUUCAGGGGGAAGAAAGACGGAAGGAGGAGCGUGCGCUCUCCGACGCCGUACUACACCUUCUACUACGACACUGGGUUCUCUGACGAGGAAGAGAUAGAGGAGAAGGUCCUGCGCAACACGGUCAACAGCGAAGCUCUGAUGACGGCCUUCCACCAAAACCAACCGGGAACCAACGGCAGCAAGGGCAUGGACCAGGUGAAGGAGCGCCUGUGGGAGGAUCACUUCUCAGACUUCGGCCGAGGCGUCCACAUGUUUCGCACGGAGAAGAUCCAGAGGCUGGUUGCCAUGGGGAUACCGGAGUCGCUACGCGGGGAGCUGUGGAUGAUGCUCUCAGACGCCUCCUCUGAGCUGGAGUCCCACCCGGGCUACUACGCCAGCCAGGUGCAGAAGUCGAUGGGACACAGCAACUUGGCCACGGAGGAGAUCGAGCGUGACCUGCACCGCUCGCUUCCCGACCACCCGGCUUUCCAGAACCCCACGGGCAUCGCUGCGCUGCGGCGCGUCCUCACGGCCUACGCUCACCGCAACCCGAAGAUCGGAUACUGCCAGUCCAUGAACAUCCUGGCGUCUGUGCUGCUGCUCUACGCUAAAGAAGAAGAAGCCUUCUGGCUGCUGGUGGCUGUUUGUGAGAGGAUGCUGCCCGACUACUUCAACCGCAGGGUCAUAGGAGCUCAGGUCGACCAGUCGGUGUUCGAGGAGCUGAUCAGGGAGCGUUUGCCCGAGCUGGCUGAGAACGUCCCGGACCUCACCACCCUCUCCUCCGUGUCCCUCUCCUGGUUCCUCACCCUCUUCCUCAGCGUCCUGCCCUUCCAGAGCGCCGUCUGCGUGGUCGACUGCUUCUUCUUCAACGGAAUCAAAGCCAUCUUCCAGCUCGGCCUGGCUGUGCUGGAGGCCAAUGCUGCCCAGCUCUCGGCCAGCACAGACGACGGGCAGGCGCUCAUGAUUCUCACCAGUUUUCUGGACCAGGUAGGAAGCGAGGAGCCGUCUCCUGUUCCGUCCUCCCCGCCGGCUGCAGAGGAAAACGUCUGCAGCGACACAGAUAUACCUGCUGUGAAACACGCAAACAUCACCGACCUCAUCAACGAGUCCUGUGAGAAAUUCAGAGACCUGACGGUGCGACAGAUUGAGAGACUUCGCUGUCGACACAGAAUCCAAGUGCUGCAGGCGCAUGAAGACACCACCAAAGAAAACGCUUUGAGACUGGCGCUGCAAGAUGUCUCCAUCCCUCCAGAGACUCUGUCUGACGUCUACGAUCUCUUCAAGACGGAGCACUUCAUCAGUCUGUACUGGGGCGACAGCAGCUCCGCGGCGGCAGCGGCGGCGGCGGCGUGGCGCGACUCCGGACGCUCCUUCGUGGAGCGGCAGUACCGCCUGGACCGACCCCAGUUCAAGAGCCUGUACGGGCUCCUGGCGCCGUGGCCCGGAGGCUCCGACCAACACACCGACACGCUGGCCAACCGCACCUUCACCCUGCUGGACCAGGACCGGGACAGCCUGGUCACAUUCAAAGAGUUUGCCAGCUGGCUGGAUACUUUGUACUGUGAAGAGCUGAAUGAGAAGAUACGGCUCCUCUACCGACUCCACAUCCCUCCAGCUCUGACAGAGAGCGAGGACGACCCCUCCCUGAUGAAGAGCCCCCUCCUGUCCACUAACAGACCCCUGUAUAUGAAUCUGCCCUCUGGUGGGGGUGAAAGCGAGGUGAAGGAUUACCAGCAGCAGCUGAAGCAGAUGCUGAAGGAUUUGGCCAAAGAGAAGGAGAAAGAUGCUGAGAAGCCUCUGCCACUAAUGAACCAGAGGGAGUUCAUCCAGUUCUGUAAGACGCUCUACAGCUUGUUCCAGAGCGACCCGGAGGAGAACGACCUCUUCCAGGCCAUCGCCACGGUAACCAGCCUGGUGCUGCAGAUCGGUGAAGCCGGCCACCGCAGGCAGAGCUCCGGGUCGGAGGCCACCGGCACUCAGCAUCAGCAGGAUCAGGAGGAGAAGGAUCAGGAGAAGAAGGAGGAGGAGGAGAAGGAGUGGACGAUCAGCUACGCUCAGAUCCUGGCGUCGCUGCUCACGGAACAGGCCCUGGUGAACUUCUUCGAGAAGCCCGUGGAUCUGCCGGCGAAGAUCGCGAAGGCCAAGGAGAACCAGUACCACCAGAGAGCCGGUGUGCUCUCGCUGCAGCAAGGGACCAGAUGACUCAAAAGCUAACAAAUAACAAAUAAAUGUGAAGAGUGGACUCGGAGCCACGACGUAAGCCAAAUAUCUUGAAGAUGUACACACAGUAUCAGUAUGAGUUUAAUGUGAAGAGCCUUGACGUUCUCUGAUUGACUUUCUUUGACCUGGAACUGACAACAGAAAGGAGUUUUUUGUGUCUAAUAUUUUGAGCCAAAACAACUCAAUGGUCCAACUCACUGGAAUCAGACAUUAGUAAAUUCAAAUUCUAUUUUUUAUUUAGCGCUAACGUCCCUGAUGAAUUCCAAUUAUUGCCUUGUUACGUGCGGUUAAACUGAGACGUGGAGAAACUAAUCUGCUCUAUUUAUACAGUGUUUACAGGUGAUCAUCUACGAGCUCUAAGUCCUUCGUUUUAGAAACGUGUUUUAUGUUUUUCAGGAGGCUGCCUUAUUAGGAAGCUACGGUGCAGCAUUAAGGACAAAUCCACAGCAUGCAACGUGUUCCUUUAUCUUUUCUUUUUUUUUUUAAGUUAAUUUUAUUACUCCUGUUUCUUUUUAAUAUGAAAUGUUUUCACGUGCAUGCACUUUGAUUAAAGAUAUUUUUUAAAACCUUUUUCAAAUUACCGGAAUCGACACGGUUACAGAAAAGACGACACUGCUUUAAAUAAAAAGACUUUGCGGAAGGAAA